UUUUUAAAGAAAAAAUCCUGGUGAAAUCGAUGUGGCGUUUGAAUAAAGAUGGAUUUCAUUAAAGAGGAGAGUGAAGACAUCAAGAUUGAAGAAACGUUCACAGUCAAACAUGAAGAUCCUGAGGAACAAACGGACCUGAUGCCACCUAAAGAAGAAAGUCAAGAGCCAAGCGAAACAACUGAAGAAAAAUAUCAAUGUGAGAAACAUGAAUUCCCAACUGAAGAAUCGACAGAACAGAAUGUAAAUGCUUUAUUAACAAAAAGAGGACGACCGAAGUCCAACCGACAUUUUAACUGCGGUCAGUGUGAGAAGAGUUUCGAUCAAAAACGAAACCUCGAGGUCCACAUGAGGAUUCACACCGGAGAGAAGCCUUUCAGCUGCAAACAGUGCGGGAAGAGUUUCACUCAGAAAGGAUCCCUCACGAGUCACCUGAGAGUUCACUCCGGAGAGAAGCCGUACUCCUGCCAGCUGUGCGGACAGAGCUUCACGGCGGAACCGAACCUCAGAUACCACCUAAACAUUCACAACGGAGUCAAGCCGUACACGUGCGACGAGUGUGGAAAGAGUUUCACGCGUAAAGCCACCCUCAAUAACCACAUGAGGAUUCACUCCAGAGAGAACAUCUUAAAAUGCCUUCACUGUGGAAAGAACUUCAGCCACAAAGUCAGCCUCAAGACUCACAUGAGGAUUCACACUGGAGAAAAGCCGUACUCCUGCACUCAGUGUGGAAUCAGCUUCACGUAUAAAGCGUCGCUAGACUCCCACAUGGGAACUCACUGUGAAGACGGCCCGUACACUUGCCAAGUUUGUGAGAAAAGCUUCUCGCUAAAGGGAAACCUUAAGACUCACAUGAGAAGUCACACCGGAGAGAAACCGUUUGUGUGUGUCCAAUGCGGAAAGGCCUUCACUCGUAAAAUAACGCUCAACUACCACAUGGAGAUUCACUCCAGGAAGGACUGUUUUAUAUGCCAUCACUGUGGAAGAAGCUUCACCAGCUUGAUUCUCCUCAAGAAGCAUGUGGAAAUCCACUCUGACGACAAACCCUUUAAAUGCCAGCAGUGCGGGAAAGGUUUCCGAUUUAAGAAAAACCUCAAUGCUCACAUGAGAGUUCACAGCGACGAGAAGCCUUACGAAUGCCAGCACUGCGGGAGGUGUUUCAAUCACAAGCCGAGUCUUAAUACUCACUUAAGAAUUCACACCGGGGAAAAGCCUUACACCUGUCCUCAAUGCGGAAAGAGCUUUACCUAUAAAGGGACUCUUAAAAGCCACAUAAGAGGUCACAACAAAGAGAAGCCGUUCAAGUGUGAGCAGUGUGGAAGGUGUUUUGGACGUAGAGGAACUCUCAAAUGCCACAUGAAGACUCACCCGAGAGACAAGCCUUUUAAAUGCCAUCAGUGCGGAUCGGCUUUUACAAACGGGAACCAGCUUAGGGAUCAUGUGACGACUCACAUCGGAGAGAAGCCUUUCAUGUGCGUUCAUUGUGGAAUUGUUUGUUCGAAGAAAGCGAAUCUCGAGGCCCACUUGAGACUUCACGAUCGAGAAAAGCCGUACUUGUGUCGGCAGUGUGGAACGCCUUGCUCAACCAAAGCCAAACUCGACGUUCACAUGAGAGUCCACGCUGGGAAAAAGCCGUUCACGUGUGACCAGUGCGGAAAGGGAUUCCAGCUGAAAGGAAAUUUUACAAAACACAAGCAGGUUCACGCUGGAUUGAAGGCGUUCGUGUGUUUGGAGUGCAGAAAGUGUUUCACGUACGCGGAAGACCUGAAACAUCAUUUGCUGAAUUGCGGGAAGAAAGCGCAAAACCUUUGCGACAAUAACCUGCAGUGCUCUGAAUGCAGGAAGAGCUUCAGGAAGAGGAGCAAUUUUAAGAACCACCUGCGCAUUCACUCUGGAGGAAGGAGAUUCAACUGCGAUCGGUGCAAUAAAAAAUUCCUGUUGCCGUCGCACAUUCGGAUGCACAUGAAAAGUCACACCGAUUUCAGACCUCAUCUGUGCUUCCAGUGUGGAAAGAGGUUUAAGUGGCUCGGAAGUUUAAAAUGUCACCAGAAGAUGCGUACUGAAUGUGUACUGAAGUACAGCUGAAUGCGAAUCACAGCUAAAUGAGAUCGAAAAAAGCAGCGAUACUCUUAUUUCGCUUCUUUCAGCCGUACUCUGCUUCAUACUACCUUGAUAAUAAAGGUUAUUGCACAUUGAAUCAGAAAGUUUUGUCCGUCAUAAACAAUUCGAAAGGGGUCUGACUUUUUUUUUCUUUUAGUUUUUCGUAUCUCGGAUUUUCGGAUAUGAAUACGAAAAAAAAACGCAUGCAAAAAUUUCGGAUUCAGUGUGCAAAGACCUUAAGUGUUAAAUUGUUUACUCAUCCGUCAACAGGAUUUCUGUAGGACAAUGAAAAUCACAACUCCCAUGAUUUCACACACAAUGGGCCCUAUCAUACCCCGGCGCAGGGCGCGACGCAAAUGUUAUUUGCUAGUUUCAGCUUGUCGCAAGUGUCAUUUUAACGUUUUGCACCUUGCUGUUUAAAUAGCGAAUGCAUUUGCGCUCAUAUAGGCGUUCUGGUCUAAAAGGGAGGUGUGUUAAGGCGCAUUGCUGGUAUGUUGCUAUUUUGAGGAACUAAAAUAGACUACACAAUAGACUAGCUGAGAGCAGGUCUAAAGUCCAGCGCAGAGCAUGUCAGUUGUGCAUCUCGCUUACGCAUUGCUUAAAAACACGCAGGAUGUACAGCAAUACGCAAAUAUAUUUACAAAUGAAAGAGAAUUAGGGGAUUAAAAUAUUACAAAAGUAUUACUUGCUAUAAAAAACACAGUACCUCCAUGCCUUCUUCACCUCGGGGGCAUUUUUCAGUUUAUUCUUGACAUUUUGCUUUUGUGUAAUGUUGAUAUUAUUAUUAUUAUUAGCGAUAUUAUUUAUUAUAUGCGUAUUUAUAUUUGUUUUAAAAAACAAGCUUAGAUUUGUCCACCUGUCAGGUUUUGGAGCAUAUGGGACACAGGACGUGUCUUUGGAUAGAACUCAGUUUUUUGACCACACUUUGUUAUUGUUCAUUUAUUCCUUUGCUGGAAAUUAGAACUGAAUUUAGAAAUAGUUUUGAAACAAAUCUAUGCGCUUUACAAAUGAAAUUCAUUACGUAGGCUAAUGGAUGUCUUCAGUGGGGAGCGUACAACACCGUUUCCUUAUCCUAGAAAGAAAGUGAAAGUAAAGGCUGAAUGGAGGAGGCUCAUUAUCCUCUUGCUGCAGAUGCUGUUUACCAGUUUUCUUAACUGUUUUGAAGUGUUAAAUUUUUCCACUUACAAAGUCCGCCAUGUAAAUAGCAAAUGCGCCAUGGAGCGACGCAACUGACUCUUAAAGGGAAUUAGAGAUGAGACUCUGA